GAAGGUCUUUGAUGACACUGUGGUUUCCAUGACAACAGAGACAAACCAUUCUUUCCUGGUUACUGAUGCAUUUGCGAAGGAUACUCACAGACUGAAGAGGUGAGAUCACUAGAGAGACGCAAAGCGCAUAGGCAGGGAAGCCAUUGUUCCCAUCUGAAAGAAUGUGACUAGACUUCACACACAGAGAUUGUGUGCAAGUUCUUAAUAGAAGGCCUUUGGUCCCAGGGCUGAAGCACGUGCUGAGACAGAUUUCAGGAUUCCAUCUCUCACACUUCUCAGAAGAUUGUGCUGUUUUUACCAGAAAGGAGACACCCGUGUCACAAGGCCCAGGAUUCCAAGGAGACCGAAUCAGAGGAAGCCAGCCAGCCCUGUGAGAUGACACAGCCUCAUCAGAGGAAGGGUUCCUGCUGGUGAUCCCUAAAUUGAGCUCCAUACCUCCACCAUACACAAUUAGUAUUGCAUCAUCCAGCAGGAUACACCCACAUAACCCUAAGGGAAAUCAGUUGGAGCUUCUCAAUCAGAUUCUGGAAGGGAGCCAGCACCACAGACGGGAGAGCCUGGCCAGAGACGACCAGCAGGCAGUCACAGUGCCCACCACAACCAAGGCGGUCAGGUCACCCUGUUGUGAUCAGCACAGCCCCAGAGUCCUGUCACCAUGGGCUCCGCAGAGUAUGUGCUCUGUGGCUGGAAGGGUCAGCUAUGGCCUGCAAGGGUUUUGUCCAGACCCAGAACCUCAGUCCAUAGUAAGAGGAGAGGGGCCCCUUUCCUGGAGGUACAAAUCCUGCCUAUGGGUGAGAAGAUAAGAGUGAGGAGCACCGAGGUAAAGCCCCUAACCAAGUCUGAAAUUGUGACCAUCGCCUCCACAGCAGGGAAGGAGUCACAGGGCAGUAGCUUUCCAGGGCAGAACAGGGCAUACAGGAGAGCACUCAAGGUGGCACUAGAUAUCCUGGGCGAGGGAGCCUCUUUGUUACAAGGAGGAAGGGCAGGUGGCCGGAGAACCAGCACAACAACUUCUCCAAAGGUUCCGAAAGAGCAGGCCAGCUCCAGCCCAGGCCAGUGCCUGCAGCUCCAAGGGAACAACCAGAAAGACCAAGAGCUCUCCCAGAGGAGUCCUGGAAAGCAGGGCCACUGCCAGGGUCCUGUGUUGCGGAUGGGCUCACAGAAAGUGCCCGCAAUGCAAGGGGGGAAAGCCCAGGCACACACUGCUGUUGGACCCCCACACUUUGAGAUGCAAGGGAAUCUGCUAAGAGGCAUCAAAGAGGGGUCAAGAUACUCAGCAACUGCAGGAAAUGCUGGUCAUAAUUUAGGGAUGAGAAAGCUGAGCACAUCUAAGCUCAGGCCUUUGAGUGCCCCAACCUCCCGGGAGGGUGCCCAGGCUAAGAAUGAGCAACAGGCUGCCUCUAGGCCACCAAGGCGCCUCUCAACCUCAUCCAAAGCCCUCAAGCAACAAACAGGGCUAGAGAUCUGGGCUACUGGAGUUCAAGGGAAGACCACUCUCCCAGAGAACAAGGAAAACCCCGGCCCAGGAACCCUGAGGCCAGCUGCAAACAGGGCAACAACAGCUUGCAUGCCCCCAAUCCCGAGGCUGCGAAGAUCCCUCCGCAUUGCUAGCAAGAAAAGGAAUAUCUACAUGCCAUGUCCACAGUGCAGGUUCCCAGAAGUGCAACCUCAGGUGCACUCAAAGGCGACUAACACCAAGUUCAAGAGGAGGGGGACCGGGAUUCAGGAAGGAGGCCAAGCCACCAAGGUGAUUUCUGCCCAGCCGCCAAAUACUAUUGAAGAAGGAAUGCUGGUCUGGUUCAAAUUUCAAGACCUUCCUUUCUGGCCAGCAGUGGUGAAGAGUGUCAGCCAAAAAGACAAGACAGCAAGGGUCCUGUUGAUUGAAGGCAACAUGCAGUUUGAGCACAGGGGUGUCCGUGUCCCUCUCCACAAGCUGAAAUAUCUGGACUGUGGAGAGAAAAUAUCACUCAUGAAGAGAGCCAGCAGAGUGUACAAACAUGGCAUCAGCUGGUGCUUCUCCGUGAUCGACCACUACCGAGAGGGCCUAGCCUGUGGCUCCUUCCUGGGCUCCUUUAUGGACUACUACACCGCCCAAGCCAGUUACCCGCUAAGGAGAGCCAUCCAGGAGGGGGAACUACAUAUUGAUUUCCCCAAGGUGAGCUAUGCCGAUCUGGAAGACUGGGAGGAGGAGACGGCCCUCGGUGGGAAGAGGCCCCACAAGAAACUCCUACCUGACCGCAUGAGGGCUGCUUGGGACAGAGCCAACCAGAAGCUCGUGGACUUCAUAGUGAAGAGAAAGGGGGCCGACCAGCACCUGCGGGACAUCAUGAAGGGCAGAAAACAGUCCAAGUGGCUGGAUGAUCUUUGGAAAUCAAGGAGGGAAGUCUUCUGCAUUGAGACCUACCUGGAGGAUGAGGACCAAUUGCAUCUUGUGGCCAGGCAUUUGCAAGAAAUAGCCAAGGAAGCAGAUGAGGCCCUGCUCUCGCUGACAAGAGGAGACAAGGUGCGGUUUACCAUGGAGGUGCUUUUCCCAGAAGCAAUCAUCUGCUCCAUCGCUGCCCUGGAUGAGCUUAGCUACAAGGAAGCAGAAGAGAAGUACCUCCGUGGCCCACCCGUGCACUACCGAGAGAAAGAGCUAUUCAACAAGACCAUCUUAAAGGCUGCCCGGAAGAGGUCAGCAGCCAGGAUUGGGGCUUCCAGGGCCCCUCCUGCGCCCAUUCCUUAGAAGGGAGCUCCUCCUUUCAGCCAUCACCUCCUGCAACUCCCGAGACAGAAAACAGGAAGCACCUCCAAAGAGGAACAUCGGGGAGACUGUGGGGCGUGCUAUGGGUGCUGGGACAGCUCCUCACUGAAA